AGCAGCUGAUCUGAGUUAGUUCAAUCAAUCUUGAUGGCGUUAAGACCAAAAUAAAGUCAUAAUCAAGAUCUUGAGCACUUGGCGGAUUCACACAAGUAACUGUGGACGAAAAAUGACGUCUUUCUUUACCCAACUGGAACUGAAAGUGUUUCUGGGUUAGCCGUGUUCUAGAAUGAGGCAUGGAGGAUGAGAGGAGAACAAGGGUGGUCCUUCUGGCAUGUGGGUCCUUUAACCCUGUCACCAACAUGCACUUGAGGAUGUUUGAACUGGCCCGAGAUCACCUGGAAGACACAGGGCGCUACAAGGUGGUGAAAGGCAUCAUCUCUACAGUUGGGGAUGGUUACAAGAAGAAAGGGCUGAUUGAGGCUUUCCAUCGUGUGAAAAUGGCCAGACUGGCCACAGACAACUCCGAGUGGAUCACUGUGGAUGCGUGGGAAAGCUUGCAGCCUGAGUGGGUGGAGACAGCCAAAGUGAUUCGGCAUCAUUGCUCACAGCUGACAGCAGACAGCGAGCAGGACGGUGACAACGUAGACACCGUCAAGUACGCCAAAAAGAGACGCAUUGAGGAGAAUUAUGUUGAGAGUGCAUCUCAUCACAACAACGGAGUAAGCCCACAUCUCAUGAUACUAUGCGGCGCCGACGUUCUGGAGUCCUUCAGUAUCCCCAACAUGUGGAAGCAGGAAGACAUUGCCGAGAUCGUGGGCCGCUUCGGCAUGGUGUGCGUCACGCGCGGCCGUGCCGAGCCCUACAAGUUCAUCUACCAGUCAGACGUGCUGUGGAAGCAUCGCCAGAACAUUCACGUGGUCCCCGAGUGGGUCACCAACGACAUCUCCUCCACUCACGUGCGCCGGGCGCUUCGUCGCGGUCAGAGCGUCCGGUACCUGCUGCCAGACAGUGUGCUGUGCUACAUCCAAGAGCACCAACUCUACAGCGCUGAGAGCGAGCAGAAGAACGCCGGUGUGGUUCUCGCGCCCCUUCUGAAAUACGCAGAUAUUAACCCUUGCUUGAGACAGAUUGCUUUGAAAUUGAAACAGAAGAAAGUGAUUGAUCAGCAAGGCGACCAGUACAUCAUCAAAACAUGCAGCAUCUUUCGAAACUACACCCUCUCCUUCACAGUGUGCCAAGAGUUUGAGGAGUUCACAAAGGGGUUAGACAACAGGCACAUAAAGACGCUGGUGACCUGGGAGGGAAACAAGCUGGUCUGUCAACAGACUGGUGAGAAGAAGAACAGAGGAUGGAUUCAGUGGCUUGAAGAGGACAAGCUUCACCUAGAGAUAUUUUGUGAAGGACAAAUCUGCAAGCAGGUUUUCAAGAAAAGCUGCAGUGGUUGAAAUUCAUCAAGAUCCGAACAAGGGAUAAGAACAAGAGUGUGGGGUAGUGAAGUCUUAAAAAAUGGACUUUCAUUUUAUAAUUAAUUGAAGACAUCAUUGUAAGGACAUGUGUUUCAUCACAAGAGGGCAACCUUGGCCCUUGGAUAAUGUUUGUCCAAUUUAGCAACAUGGUGCUAGAGUUCUGCAUUAUUGUUUGCCCCCGAUCAGAAGAUUUUGUUUAGUUCUACAUUUUUAUGUCUGUAGUUUGAUGAGACAAUUGUGAGAUACAACAUUUUCUUCAUCAACACACAUUAAACCAGGGGCUUUCAAAAUGUUUCAAGGUAUCUGCUAAUCCCAGACUGUUAACUCGCUCACAUAAGAAGCCAAAAAUAAAUUAAUUUUGCAUUUGUG